AUGUGGUCGCUUUGCUCCAUCAUGGUACCAAAGGCCCCGGAUUCGGAACUGCGCAAGGACUCCAACCCACUAGUAGAAGCGCUCUUCAACUACCAGCUAAUUCACAUCGAGGCCUACGUUGUAUACGUCGACAUGGUUUCACAACAUGAGGUUGCAUUCAAGCUUACAUCCAAGACCAUCGAAGCGCUUAUCAAGUACCACAAGGACAUCUACUCUGUUGAUGUAUCCGCCAGCACCUGGGAGUGGGCCGAGAAGGAGCAACAGCUGAAGAAGCUUCAAGAUAGAUUUGUCCAAGCUGUCAACCGCUAUGUUUUCCAAACCGGUGUCAAUGCUCUGGAAGGACUCGAGGAGGAUGGUGCGGGAGAGCUACUCAAGGGACGAGGUGAAGACGUCAAGAGUGCCAUCAUGGGAUUGUUCCUCCCGCUCCUUCCUCCUCCCUCCUUCACCGAGAAUUGUCAAGGUUGUCAGACCAGCACCACUUCUCCCAGCUCAGCCACCAGGUGGGUGCCAAAAAUGCACGACCAGUGGCAGUCAGCCCCAAUCGAUAUAUGA